AUGAGUGAUUUCCUAAAUUGGUCAUCUGAUGCUUUUGCAGACAUUUACAAUUCCAUCAAAUUUCAAAACGAUAUUGAUGCCACUACGACCGUCACAAAACCAAUAACAAACGAUCUUAUACAUGUCCUCACAACACCCACUCCGCUGGACAAAUCCCUCAAUACAUUGACCAACGAAUCUAAACCUAUUACAUUUCCCAAUGGUACAGAAGUUAAGUUGAACCAAGCAUUUAUUGAAGUAAGCGUAAUUCUUGCGAACGAAUUAGAAUUAGAUGAAUUGAAUUCAGCAGAAUUGUUAUACCAUUCGAAUGACGUUAGUUACAAGAGAGGAACUUCACUUGGAGAUAGUGCAAGAUUAGCUUAUUAUGCUAGACAGGAAUAUAUUUUGAAUAUAUUGGGACACUUGAUAUCACAUAAACGUCUAGAUUCAAUUUGUACAAGUGAAGCAGACUAUAACAAAUUGUUUGACAAUAUUGUAAAGAGUUUUGAAAAAGUUUAUAAAUUGAUCCUUAAUCUUAAUAAUAUGAUUGAUAAACAGAAAGUAACUAGCAAUAUAAACAGUCUUGCAUUUAUAAGUUCAAUUAACUUUUCCAGAAGCCAAUUAUUUUCAAGUCAUGAAUUAUUGGGACUGCUUUUGUUCGGAUUAAUGGAUAAUUAUUUCGAAAAGUUUGGCAAAUUGGAGAAUUACAAGAGAAUAAUUUCUCUUAUACUGAAUAAUGUUAACGAUGACGACAUCUUAGUUGUACACUUCUUACCAGGGGUCUUGCAAUUAUUCACCAAACUUAUGGAAGCCGUAGGAAAUGACCAAAUAGUAGACCAAUUCCAUAAGCACAUAGUUUCCACAAUAUCAACAGAUUAUUCCGUGAUUUCCAAUGAAGCUGAGACCAUUGACUUAUCCAAGUCCAAGAUUAGUGGAUUUGAAGUGGUCACCAGUUUAGUUUUCCUCACUCAGUUUAUUUAUUGGUGUAAAGAACUGGGCAAUAGAACGGCGAAAUAUGAUUUCAAAGAAAACAUUUUAAAAUAUAUGGAGUGGUUGAUUAGUUAUGGAGCAAUGGAAAGAAUUUUAUGUUAUUGUGCGGAAACAAGUCAUAUAGAAACUCAAAAAUUGUUCGAAUGGUCAAAUAUUUAUGAUUUUAGAGCAUUGUUACAAAAGAACUUCCCUAAACUUGUUGCAUCUAAGUUCCAGUAUCCAGGAGGUCAAGAAUUAUUAUAUGCAUCUAACAUGAAACCUGGAUUUGAAAAUGUCCCAAGACUAGUAGAUGUCACAUUCUUGAAGUUAAACAAAGAUUUAAACGAAACAUUAAUCUCCCCAUUUUUUCAACGGUUCUUUAGUAUGUUUAUAUCCAAUGCUGCCAUUAUUUUAACUCUGUUAAGAGAUUCCGAAGAAGAUUUUGUAUUGUCGUCAAUUAAUAGAAAAGAAGAAGAAGAUAAUGAAAAAGAAGACAAUGGUAACGAAUCUCCUAGGAAAUCUGAUAAGCAAAUUGGAUUAAAUUUAGAUGAAGUUGCCCAAAGAGCAGAUUUAGAAAGAUUUUAUUUAGCGUUUGCAUACACUUGCAACAAUCGUCCAGAAUUGUGCUCUCUCUUCUGGAGUGAUGACGCAUUUACCAAUGAUGUCGUUGGAUUCAUUUCUUGGGGUUUGGCAAACAACACAUCUCCUUUGAUAACAGCCACAUUUUGUUUGUUUUUAGGAUCAUUGGCAUCUGGAGGAAGUGAUGCAGCUGCCAGAAUUUGGGAAAUCCUUGUCAGUAACAACUAUACAACGAUGAAGAAGAAUGAUUAUUCUAAAAUUUCUGUUGAUUCCUUGGUUGAUUCUUUGAACUAUUAUAUUGAUUCCUUAAAUGAGAGCUUUGAGCAAGAUUUGAAUGAGCAAUUGAAGUUAGUCCAAAAGAAGCAUGAAUUCUUGUUUACUAGUAAUCCAACAAAGCAAGAUUCAGAAGAUCCAAGUAAUAACAGAGUUGUAAUUGCGUUAGCCGAAGAUUCAGUAGUUUUCGUUUCUGGAUUUAUCCAAUUAAUUUCGGCCAUCGUGAAAAACUUAUCCGCAAGCAAUGAUAGAUGUAAAGAAAUUAAGCAAAUUGCGUAUAAUAGAUUUUCGCCAAUAAUUAGAGGGUUCUUGAAAUUUGAUAAUUUGAUAAAUGGUGGAAAGAUCUUAUCAGUUGAUGUUAACUUUCAAAAUGCCAAUAAUGCUAAGUUUGUCGAUCUCCCAAAUAUAUUUGUAAGUGACGAAUCUCGUAUUACAUUAACAAACCUAAUUUUGAAUUUGUUGGGAGAUUUCGUCAACAACGACGAUGAUCCAUAUAUAAGGUAUGAAAUCUGGAGAUUAUUGGAUCGUUGGGUUUAUCAUGGCUUGCACGAUUUACCUGAAAAUUCACCUAUCUCAAAUCAAGGAAAUGAUCCAUUUGGAAGACAAAUCACACCAAGAAAGAAAUAUAUCAGCAAACGAAAUGUUAGAAUAAAUCAAGCAUUUACAACAAAUUUGACUCACUUGAGUCAGAUUGCCAACUUUACUGUAUUAGUCAAGAGAUUAUUAACGCCAUUCCACAAUGCAAAUCAAGCUUUUACGAAGUAUUCACUUUUGUAUCCAUGUGAUUUAGGAUUUGGAUAUAGAUUCAAUAAUCAAAUUGGGAUUUGGCCAUAUAUUGAGUUUUUAAUGUUGGAAGUUUUUGCCAAGUCCAACGACAUUGUUAACGCAAGAGAUAGAGAAGUCUUGCAAUUAACAAUUAUGCAACUAGCAAGUAAUUCAAUUGGAGAAAUUGAUUGGAAAUUUUUGAACGACGUUGCACCGAAUCUUCUUCGUGAAAUGAAGAAUUUUGACUCGAUUUUUGAUUCGCUUACUGGAAUUCAAAUGGAUUAUAAUAGUUUUGUCAAAUCACACCACUCUUUAGCGGUAUUGAAUUAUUUAUUUGAAAAUAAGGCGUUUAAUGCUUUGUUCAAAGUGGUAAACAUUGGUGUUGAUGCUGUCAAUGCAUCAGAUUUAUGUGCUGAAUUACUUGCUUCAACCUUGAAUGUCAUUGAUAAAUUAUUGGAAAUCCAAGAAACAUUCUUAAAAAGAUUAUUACCUAUUUUGAAAAAUAAACAUACAGUUGAACCUCAACCUCAAAGAAAUACAUUGGGAAUAAAUACCAGCAUGAGUCUUAUUUUGACUGCUCCAAGAAAUAUAUUUGAUUCAAUAUAUUUACCUACAAAUAUUGGGUCCCACGGGGUCAGUGAUUUCUAUGAAGUGUUAUUGUUCCAUUUAUCAACAGUGGCACAUUUUGCAUUAUAUGUUGGAAGUACUAAUGGGAUUGCCAAUAUUGCUGUUGACAUUUUACAAAAGAUUGAUGGGUCGAAAUUUUUCCGUUCACGUCAAGUUGCCCAUUCUAUUGAUCCAUUGUUGCAAAAUAAUAGGUUGUUGACUACAUUUGAAAGUAUAGAUGAAUCAUUAAAGAUAAAGCACGCUUUCAUUGAUAAAUUUGAAGCAUUUGAAGAUGAUUUAAUUAUCAAAUAUAAGAUUUUAAGAUUUUUGAUGGCUAAUUUGAAUCAAUCAAAUGGAAAAGUAGCAACAGUGGCACAUUUUUUGCUAGGAUAUGAAGUUAGAGGUGAUAAUCUAGAUCUUGAUGACGAAAACAAACGCAAUGUUCUUUUGAGAACUUUGUUAAAUACCUUGAUUGCAAGUCUUGAUUUGAUUACAGAAAUUGAUUAUUCGAAUGGUAUAAAUCAUGUUGUUGAUGUUGGUCCUGCAAAACUUUCUUCAUUAAUAUUGGAAAUUUUAAUCAAAUUAUGUCGUGAUCCUAUUUCUUCAUUGAUUACAUUGAAAUUACUACGUGACUAUGACAACUUUUUUGAAACAUUAAUCAAUUAUCAACCAAAACUUGAUUUAAGUACUAUCUGGUGUGGCAAUCAAUUUAAUGGAGAUUUACAAACUGAAGUAUCCAAUUCGUUUAUUGAAUCAUCUUUGAGUACUCAAGCUUUCUUUGCAUUUAUAAAUCAAAGAAGUUUAAUAUUGCAAUAUUUAUCAUUAGAGUUUCAUCACAUUAAAUCAAUUACCAAAAAGGAAUACUAUAUUGAGUUGUUGAUUAAGAAUAGAGAUUUUUUGAAUCGUGCACUUAAGAUAUUAAGUUUCUUGGACGUUUUAAACUAUUCAUUCAAGAAUUUUGAAAUUCAUAAAUAUGAAUCUUUGGAUAAGAAAUUUAAUAUGGCGCUUAUAUUGGAAGAAGUAAAGAAGUCAAAAAGUGAAGAAUUGGAUUUAUCUACAUUAGAUAGUGUUUUCAGAAUAAUGUGUCAAGGUUCAAGUUUGGCCACUCCUGAAGCUAAACAAUCAUUCUCGAAUGAAAUUAUGGUUGAAGGAAAUAGAAUAAGUGAAUUUGUCACCAAAUAUUUAGUUUCCGAUGCUUUAAAAGAAGUUCAAUUGAAAUGUUUACAUUCUUGGUGUCAAUUGAUUGAAAUUUUGAUUACUGAUUCUGGAUUAAAAUCACCCGAUUUUAUUUUGGAAGUUUUGAAUGUUAUCCUUCCAAGAACUAAUGAUUAUUUGGAAUCAGAUAUGUUAUUUUCCGAAGAGAUGAUUUCGUUAUGUGUAUUGUUAUUUGAUCUUUAUGAUAAACAGUUUUUAAGUGUAACUACAGGGGAAGAUUUCGCCCUUGGAAUGGAAAGAUUAAUUCCAUUAUUCCAAACAUGUGUUGCUGGUAUUUUGAAUUCAAAUUCAACUCCUCAUUUAAGGUCUGAUUUGUAUGUUCUUUCCAACAAGUUUUUGAUGAAGGUGUUCAGUAAUGAUUCGUUCUUACAAGAAAUGAUCAGGAUUAUAAAAUCAAUCGAUAAGAAAUUUGUGAAGGUUAUCUGUAAUGAUGCUAUCUAUUCAGAAGGUCCUUCAAGAAUCACAUCUACUUUAUUAUUGGAGUCAUUGAUCCAUUUAGGUUCAUUAGCAAAAGUUAAUUUCAUUUUGGAAGCAUUAGUUAAGAAUAAUUCGUUGUUGUUAUUAGUUAGAUCCAUUAAAAGAACCGAUCAAAUUAUCAAGUUAUGUACUGAAAAGAAUUCCAAGAUUACAUUAGAUAAUUUAAUAUUUGAAUUGACUGCAUUUAGAGCUACCUUAUAUCUUUUAAUCCGAGUUUCACAAGCAAAGAAUGGUGCAUUACAAUUAAUCCAAAGUGAAUUAUUUUCAUUAUUAAAACAAUCAAAUUUCUUAAGUAUUGAUCCUGAUUUAGGAUUAAAUUUACAAAUUGAUGAAUAUCAAGAUUAUAAGAAUAUUAAAAUCAAUGUUUUGUUGGAUACACCACUUUCAUUAACUGAUUUAAUGGAUAUUAAAAAUAUUAGAAAUGAAAAUACAAUUUCUUAUUUUGAAUUUUUGAUUCCAAUUUUCCAAUUAGUAAGUACGGUAUUAUUAGCAAUGGGUCCAAAUUAUAAACCUGGGAUUAUACAAGCUAAAGAAUUGAUGAAGAAUUUUGAUCGGUUAAUUGUUGGAGUUAUGAAGCGUGAACUUUUGAUUGAGAAUAAACAAAUAGAACAAGGAAUUUAUAAGGACGAUAGUUUACCAUUGUAUGAGUUAAAGGAGUCGGUAAAAUUAAUAACUUUGAUUGAUUCACUUGUAAACGCUGAAAGACAAUAA